AUGUUCUGGCGGCCUGGAAUGAAGAAUGAUGUCACAGAAUAUGUUGCUAAGUGUUUAACUUGUCAGAGAGUGAAAGAUGAACGCCAAAGGCCUGCAGUUGUCAUGUUUACAAAGUCAGUGCACUUUUUACCUGUUAAGACAAAUUUCUCUAUUGAUAAGUAUGCAGAACUCUAUCAGGCAACAAUCAGGAUGGUUCCUUAUGAACUACUUUAUGGAAGAAAAUGCAAAUCACCUAUUGACUGGGAUGAAUUAUGUGCGAGAAAGUUUUUGUGUCCUGAAGCUGUCCAGAGGACAAGUGAGGCAGUUGAUAAAAGCAGAGUGUGA